AUGGAUUACACUGAGGAACUUCCGGGCACGCGCCGCAUUUUUGACGCUGAAGGAAAACCACUCUAUCCUGGCGACGCAAGUCUGAAGAGACACGGGGACAUUGUCCUGGUUCCUCAGCCAACUGACUCUGUCAAUGAUCCUCUCCACUGGUCAUUGACCCGGAAAAUAUGGCACAGCUUUCUCGUUUGCUUUGUCACGGCUUUGACGGCAGCCACUUCCAACGAUGCUGGCGCCGCUGAAUACAAUGAGAAUCUGGAAUUGGGUAUCAGCUAUGGAUCGUUCAACACUGGCGCCGGUGUCCUGUUCUGCGGAAUCGGUUACUGGACAUUACUUUCUUCUCCAGCCGUCUACCUUUAUGGUCGCCGCAUUUUGUACUUGGUUGGCAUGAUAUUGGGUCUCAUUGGAGGUAUCUGGUUCGCCAGGGGCCAGACAACCGGUGACGCUGUCUGGAAUCAGCUCUUUGUCGGCGCGUCCGAGUCCGUGGCUGAAGCGACGGUUCAGUUGUCGCUGAUGGAUCUGUGGUUUCAACACCAGCGCGGGUCAGUGCUCGGUGUUUACGUGCUGGCCACCAGUAUUGGUACAUAUCUGGGACCUCUGAUUGCGAGCUACAUCGCCGACAGUAGCCUGGAUUGGAGAUGGAUUGGAUAUUUUGGGGCCAUCAUCUCAGGCGGGACCUUUUUGGUGCUCCUUUUCGGUCUGGAGGAGACGGCAUUCCACCGCGAUCGGUACUUGGUCAACGACGGAGAUAGAUAUCUGAUCGACGGUGUGAACAGAGCUGGUAGCGACAAUUCUGCAGGCCUGGAUGCCGCGCAACAGGAAAAGGAGAAGGUUGCUGGCCAAACUGAGCCACAAGCUGUGCACCCUCGUCAACCGUCUGUUGCAGAAGAGCGACUUGCGGCCGAGGACCGGCCCAAGUCAUAUUGGCGACGCAUUGCCCUCAUCACUCCCGCGCCGAAUCUGCGUGGACUUGGCUUCAAGCAAUAUUUUCAGCGCCUCUUCCACACUCUGCGGAUCUUUACUUUCCCUGCCGUCCUAUACUCUGGAUUGCAGUGGGGAGCCCAAGACGCUUGGCUUACUUUUUAUCUGACGGUCGAGGAGGAUAACUGGUAUGGCCCGCCCUGGAAUUACAGCGAUGCCGCCGAUGGGCUGAUGAACAUACCCUGUCUGAUCGGUGCUGUCAUUGGAGCCACCUAUGGUGGUUAUCUCAGCGACAAGUUCAUGUUAUGGAUGGCCAGGAGAAACGGGGGCGUGAGCGAAGCCGAACAUCGACUGUGGCUGAUGUAUCCCUGUGCUGCCAUUUUUCCUACUGGUCUCUGGCUGUUUGGAAUUGGAACCAGCUACGGAUGGCGUUGGCCAGCACCGUAUGUUGGUCUGGGUUUCAUCGGCUUUGGAUGGGGCUGCUGUGGCGACUUGAGCAUGGCCUAUCUGAUGGACGCCUACCCAGACAUGGUCUUAGAAGGCAUGGUGGGCGUGGCAACGAUCAAUAACUCGAUCGCCCUCAUCUUCACCUUCACAGCUUCCGACUGGAUCGAUGCGAGUGGCGUUCGAAACACCUUUAUUGCAAUUGGAGUUUUGGCAUUUGUCUUCAUUAUGACAACUCUGCCAAUGAUGAUCUGGGGCAAGACGUCUCGCCGCUGGACAAGGAACCGAUACCAGAGGUUCUUGGAAAUUCGCGAUGGUUUCUCAAGCUAA